UGUGUCCUGGCCUAGUCGCCUCAGAGGGAACCAGUUUAUUGGGAUCCUGGGGUGGGGUGCAGGAACAAAAGGAGCUUUGUUCAAGUUUAUGUGAAAGUUACAAAUUCAAAAUGAGAGCAGAUAAAGCAUGAGAUACCUGGUGUGUAAAUAGGCUGGUGAGUGAGAAGGCCCCGGGCUCGGGAGGGAGAGAGACUGAGUGGGCAAACUGGGGAUGCGAGGGCGCCGGGAGCCAGCGAGGGAAGGUUGUCCUGGGACAGCUGACAGGUUCCCCUGGACCCGUGUGAGGGGCCCGGUGGGUGGCAUUGCUGGGCAGGGCUCCACGUUUCCCGUUGGAGGUGGGGUGUGAGAGGAGGAGCUGGUGGCUCUGGGCCCAGGGCCUCGAGACCAGGAGGGAUUGUGGCACUGGGCUUUCCAUUCCCCGGGCCCGAGGCACAGAAACCAUGGCCUGGCCUCAGGGUCGAAGAGGUGUUACCACAUCAGGGCUCUCAAGGCAAAAUGGGCCAUAGACUCAGAGGUGCCAGGGUUCUGGGCCUUGGUAUGAGUACACACACGGAGAGAAAGAGAAAUCGGGGGACCCCUCCAUGACACGGCCUCAGCCUUCUCAAAUCUCAAAUCAUAACAUGCUAAGAUGGCCUCAUUUUCUGUGCCUCUCAGGAAGGCCCCUCGCUCGUGGGCAGAGCCUCUGAAGCCUGCAGUGGCUGAUUGUGGCCAUCGUCUCGGCAGAGCUGAGGCUCUCCGGGCGGCUCACGCCUCCCUCUACCACUGGCUGCGCUUGGCGAGCCCCUCUCGCCCGCCCUGCCUGUUCCGCCUUCCGUCCGGCUCUCUCAGUUCUAUCCCUUCAGCCAUUCCUCUCCAGCCUUUGUCCACCAGAGGCCCCCAAGUUAUUGUGCAGCCAAUCCUGUGGGUCCUGCGUGAGUGACUGGAAGGUAUGCCCUCCCAUGCCCUGACCACCAUCAGCAGAAGCCCAGAAGGACAUUCAGAGGGAGCCCCUAGGCCGUGUGGGUCACAUAUGCAGGGAGCUCCCCAUACGUGCACAUUUCAGAUGCACCCAGAAAUCACCCUUCUACCCCUAGGUCUUCAGGCUUCCUUCUACGUCCCAGUUGCUCAGAUGGGGAAGCAGACACUUCAGGAUUGGGAUUUGGGUUUGACUGACUGCUGUUACAACCCAAAGCUGUAAGCCUUGCUUUGGGGAGUCAUGGGUGGGAGAACCCAGCGGCAUGUGUGUACCCCAGAGCAGUCCUGGACACUGCAGGGCCCUCUCUGAGAUCCCACCUGGGGAGAAGCUCAUGGUCCUUGCUGCCUGGUUGCUCGGUGCCAGCAGUUUUUGUACCAGCCUCUGGGGAGCACAGGGCUUGGUUUGUUUAAGGAGCUCUGCUCCCUUGUUCAGGGUUUUAGGACUGUGGGACACUCAGAGCUCCUGGGCCUCUCCAGCUACUCAUCCUCCAUAGGCAUGGGGCAGGUCUGAAAGGUAGAGGGUUGUGUGACAACCAGGAAUGGGGGUUGCCAAGAAGGCAACAGGGAGAGCAGUCGAAUGGGGGAGGGAUGUUAAUCUCCCUGUGAGGCCAUUUGGAACUAAAGUGCAAUUUAAAAAGUAAAUAAGUAAAUAAAGGGAGAAGAAAAAUAAGGGGAAAGUGGGAAAAAGAGUAGAUUGUUAACUCCCUUACUUGCCCCAAGGCCUCCCUGGGCCCUUCCCUUUGCAAAAGAGAAAUAUUGCAAAAAUAGUCCAGUGCCAUUUUGCUUAAUGCUGCCGGAAGACCAGAGAAAAGAAAACCUGAGUUCUGGUCUCCUCCCCUCAUUGAAGGCAGUGUGGCCUCCCCUGAAACAGGAGAGGGGAGGAAGGCAGCAGGGUGGCUGCAGAAGGGACAGACGGAGAGCUGGGGACAGUGAGAUCCAGGUACUUCACAAGCAAAACUGCCCACCUUCCUACUCGCCUGCCUCUUUCCUUGCCUCCUACCCAGUGGUUAACUUAGAUGACUAAAAUUUAAGGAAUCUCAACAUAUCUGGCUGCAGCAGGGACAUCUGGGGACCGAAAGAUACACCUAAGUGCUUUCUCUGGGGGGAAAGGAGGGCAAGGAGAGAAGUUGCCCUGGUCCAGCGAUGAACUGGCAGACAGGAAAUGCGGCGAUGUCAGAGGGGGCAGGUGGCAGGACGCUGGCUCCUUGGUUGAGGGUGUCUGUGCCCUGUCUGCCACGGCCCCGCAUGGGAGGUGGCAGAGGCAAGAGGGCCGGUUGGCAGCCCAAGUGACAGCGCGGAUCCGUGGUGGCGGCCCUCGGAGGACAGGCGACCAAGGCAGGGUGAGGGAGGAAGGAGGUGCCGUCCCCACUGCGGGGCUGGGGGCGGAACUGCGGGGCAGCGGGAGGAGGAAGGCCUGGAGAGCAGUGAUGUGGCGCGGAGCCGGGGUCCACCCGGAAUCGGCGUGGGGGCGGGGGAGCCAGGGCUCAUUAAAAGGCGAAACCAAACCAAGGUGGCGCAGCCCUGGGGGUUCCCGCACUCGUGAAGCCUGCGGCGGGCACGGUGUGCGGAACAGCGCGAGGCCGAUGCGAGUGUUCCCCGGGACACCCAGGCCCAAGGCCCCAGAGUCUUUCCUCUUCAGAGCUAAAAAACACCACCGCCAACAGCAACAGGAAGAGAUUCAGGGAUGGGGAGGAAACGAAACGCCUGGUACCAGCACCCAGAGCCCGGGGGGCGUACCAGGGCGCGCGGCUCGGUGGGCGCUACCCCGCGGCGCUCACACCUGCGCCCGCCGGCGCGGAAAAGUUUGCUCGGCUGCGCGCGCCGCGAGCCCUCGGCCGGCCGGCGCCGGGGAGUGAGUCCGCGCGGCCGCCAUCGAGUCGCGCUCGGCGGGGCCGGAGCGCCGAGGAGAGCGUGCGAGCGCGCGCCCGCCCGCGGCGUCCGGCCAGAGUUGGCGCGGGGGAGCGAGCGCGGGCCGCAGGGUCCUCUCGGACCGCCGCGUCCCCCUCCCGCCUCCCCUCCCUCCAGUCCCCGGGCGCCGAGUCCCCGCCUCCCUCCUCCGAAGUCUAAGGUUUGGGCAAUCGCUGAGCCAAUAAGGCUGGCCGCCCGGGCCGGUGCGCUGAGGCCGCGCGCACGAGCGUGAGGGAGCGGGCGCGGGGCGAGGGCGCGCGUGUGAGGAGCGCGCGCGCGCGCGAGGGGACGGACGGAGGCGCGCCUGUAGGAGCGGGCGCGGGGCGGGCGAGCGCGAGCCCAUUCACUCCAGCCUCCCGCGGGCGGGCGCGCGCGCGGGCGGGCCGAGCUCUGCUCUUUCACCUGCCGGGGCGGUGCGGGCUGGGCCGGGAGGAGGCGGUACCGCGGCCGCCCUGCCAAUCACCUCGGCGCCUGGCAGCGCCCCCGGCCGCUCCCGCCCGCCCGCCCGCCUGCCCGCUCCCUCCUGCCAAACUGUUACCCUGAGUGUUACCGUCAGGAGCAAUGACAUCAGGGCUUUAAAACAACUUGUUAUUCGGGGAGUAAUCAGUCGCAAUUAGGCAUUAAUUAAGUAUUAUGAAAGUUGAUUAUUUAAGUGAAUUCGGCUUUCGACUCUCCGACUAUGAGUUUGGGACCAAAGAGAGGAGAAUGGAUCUUGGUACAGCUGAAGGCACCCGGUGCCCCGACCCGCCUGCAGGCAAGCCCGCGAUGGCGGCCAAACGCAAAGGCGGCCUGAAGCUCAACGCCAUCUGCGCCAAGCUGAGCCGCCAGGUGGUGGUGGAGAAGGGAGCGGAGGCCGAGGACAGCCCACUGCGGCCCCGGGACAAAGUGCGCAGUGGCCCUGAGGCGGGGGUGGCCCGGGCCCCCCGCAGCGAAGAGGACAAGAGGCGGGCGGUGAUCGAGAAGUGGGUGAACGGGGAAUACAGCGAGGAGCCGGCACCCACGCCCGUGCUGGGGCGGACUGCCCGGGAGGGUCUGGAGCUGCCACCCGAGGGCGUCUACAUGGUGCAGCCCCAGGGCUGCAGCGACGAGGAAGACCACGGCGACGAGCCCCCCAAGGAUGGCGGCGUCGUGGAGGAGAAGGACUCGAACGGGGCAGCCUCCAAGGAUGACAGUGGUCCCAGUGCCAAGCAGGCUUCAGGAGAGGCCUCCUCGCUGCGGGACUACGCGGCCUCCACCAUGACCGAGUUCCUUGGCAUGUUUGGCUAUGAUGACCAGAACACGAGGGACGAGCUGGCCGGGAAGAUCAGCUUCGAGAAGCUGCAUGCGGGCUCCACGCCAGAGGCGGCCACCUCCUCCGCGCUGCCCGCCUCCGAGGACGCCCUCAGCAAGCGGGCGCGGUUCUCCAAGUAUGAGGAGUACAUCCGCAAGCUCAAGGCCGGCGAGCAGCUGUCCUGGCCGGCCCACGGUACCACAGCCGAGGGGCGGGCCAGCAAGGAGGCCCUGGGCUCCCUGCCUGGCCUGCGGCUGCCCAGUAGCACCGCGCACCUGGAGACCAAGGCCACCAUCCUGCCCCUGCCCUCACACAGCAGUGUCCCCAUGCAGGGCCUGGUGGCCCGUGCCUCCAAGUACGACUUCUUCAUCCAGAAACUGAAGACGGGUGAGAACCUGCGGCCCCAGAACGGGAGCGCCUACAAGAAGCCGUCUAAGUACGACCUGGAGAACGUCAAGUACCUGCACCUCUUCAAACCCGGGGAGGGCAGCCCCGACAUGGGAGGGGCCAUCGCCUUCAAGACGGGCAAGGUGGGGCGCCCCUCCAAGUACGACGUCCGGGCCAUCCAGAAGCCGGGCCCCGCCAAGGUUCCGCCCACCCCCAGCCUGGCUCCUGCACCCCUCGCCAGCGUGCCCACUGUUCCCAGUGCCCCUGGGCCAGGCCCUGAGCCACCUGCCUCCCUGCCUUUCAACACUCCCGAGUACCUGAAGUCAACCUUCUCCAAAACAGACUCCAUCACCACGGGGACCGUCUCCACUGUCAAGAACGGAUUGCCCACAGAUAAACCAGCUGUCACUGAAGAUGUAAACAUUUACCAGAAAUAUAUUGCCAGGUUCUCAGGCAGUCAGCACUGUGGCCACAUCCACUGCGCCUACCAGUACCGCGAGCACUACCACUGCCUCGACCCCGAGUGCAACUACCAGUCCAGGGUGCUGGCCUUGGGGCAGCCUGGGCUGCCUCGACCCAACAGGAUGAUUUGUAAGGAGACCGGAGGGCCCUGGGGCCAGGCCCAGCCUCCUGCCCACCAGGCCCUCUCCCGGCAGAGGUUCACGAGCAAGCAGGACGUGAUCCGGCACUACAACAUGCACAAGAAGCGGGACAACUCCCUGCAGCACGGCUUCAUGCGCUUCAGCCCACUGGACGACUGCAGCGUCUACUACCACGGCUGCCACCUCAACGGGAAGAGCACCCACUACCACUGCAUGCAGGUGGGCUGUAACAAGGUGUACACGAGCACGUCGGACGUGAUGACCCACGAGAACUUCCAUAAGAAGAACACCCAGCUCAUCAACGACGGCUUCCAGCGCUUCCGAGCCACUGAGGACUGCGGCACGGCCGACUGCCAGUUCUACGGGCAGAAGACCACGCACUUCCACUGCAGGCGCCCCGGCUGCACGUUCACCUUUAAGAACAAGUGUGACAUCGAGAAGCACAAGAGCUACCACAUCAAGGACGACGCCUACGCCAAGGAUGGCUUCAAGAAGUUCUACAAGUACGAGGAGUGCAAGUACGAGGGCUGUGUGUACAGCAAGGCCACCAACCACUUCCACUGCAUCCGCGCCGGCUGCGGCUUCACCUUCACCUCCACCAGCCAGAUGACCUCCCACAAGCGCAAGCACGAGCGCCGGCACAUCCGCGCCUCGGGCUCGGGCGUGCUGGGGCUGCCGCCCUCGCUGCUGGGCGCCAAGGACACGGAGCACGAGGAGUCCAGCAACGACGACCUGGUUGACUUCUCUGCCCUGAGCAGCAAGAACUCCAGUCUCAGCGCCUCCCCCACCAGCCAGCAGUCCUCCGCCUCCCUGGUCACCGCCACUGCCACCUCCGAGGCUGGGCCCAGUGCCACCAAGCCUCCCAACAGCAAGAUCUCGGGGCUGCUGGCCCAGGGCCUGCCUGGCUCCAUCCCCCUGGCGCUGGCCCUCUCCAGCUCGGGCCUGCCCAGCGCUGCGCCCUACUUCCCCAUCCUUCCGGGCCGGGGCAGCACCUCCCUGCCUGUGGGUGCCCCCGGCCUCAUGGGUACCAUGUCGUCAGGGACGGCAGCCUCAGUAACCCCCGACACACCUGCUCUGGCUGCCUCGGGAGCUGGCGACUCGGCCGCAGCGGCAGCUGCCUCUGUCCCGGUGCCCCCUGCCUCCAUCAUGGAGAGGAUCUCCGCGAGCAAGGGCCUCAUCUCGCCCAUGAUGGCCCGGCUGGCUGCGGCCGCCCUCAAGCCCUCUGCCACCUUUGACCCAGGAAAUGGGCAGCAGGCCACCCCUGCCAGGUUCCCCCCAGCCCCGGUGAAGCAGGAGCCCGGUGAGAGUGCUGGCGCCCCAGGUCCCCACGAGGCCUCCCAGGACCGCAGUUUAGACCUGACUCUGAAGGAGCCCAGUAAUGAAUCAAAUGGCCACGCAGUCCCGGCAAAUUCAUCUCUUUUAUCCUCGCUUAUGAAUAAGAUGUCUCAGGGCAAUCCCAGCCUCGGCAGCCUGUUGAACAUCAAGACAGAAGCGGAGGGGAGCCCCGCCGGGGAGUCCUCGCCCUUCCUGGGCAAGGCCGUGAAGGCGCUGGUUCAGGAGAAGCUGUCAGAGCCCUGGAAGGUCUACCUUCGCAGGUUUGGCACCAAGGACUUCUGCAACGCGCAGUGUGACUUCCUCCACAAGGCCCACUUCCACUGCGUGGUGGAGGAGUGCGGCGCGCUCUUCAGCACCCUGGACGGGGCCAUCAAGCACGCCAACUUCCACUUCCGGACAGAGGGAGGAGCAGUGAAAGGAAAUGUGGAGGCUUCCUUCCCGGCCUCGGCUGCUGAGACCAAACCUUCCUUGGCCCCCUCAUCCCCUCCAGCGCCUCCCAUCACCACGGCCACGGCUUCCUCUCUCGAGGGGCCCACUCCCAGCCUGGCCGCAGUGCCCUCCAGCCCCACCCUGCUCGCCUGGAAGCAGCUGGCUUCCACCAUACCCCAGAUGCCUCAGAUUCCAGCGUCAGUGCCUCACCUGCCCACUUCGCCCUUGGCAACGACUUCUCUAGAAAACGCCAAGCCCCAGGUCAAACCCGGAUUCCUCCAGUUCCAGGAGAACGAUCCUUGCCUCGCCACGGACUGCAAGUAUGCCAACAAGUUCCACUUCCACUGUCUCUUUGGGAACUGCAAGUAUGUCUGCAAAACCUCCGGGAAGGCCGAGUCCCACUGCCUGGACCACAUCAAUCCCAACAACAACCUCGUGAACGUGCGAGACCAGUUUGCGUACUACUCCCUGCAGUGCCUCUGUCCCAACCAGCACUGCGAGUUCCGGAUGCGCGGGCACUACCACUGUCUCAGGACCGGCUGCUACUUUGUGACCAACAUCACCACCAAGCUGCCGUGGCACAUAAAGAAGCAUGAGAAAGCUGAGCGGCGGGCAGCCAACGGAUUCAAGUACUUCACCAAGCGUGAGGAGUGCGGCAGGCUAGGUUGCAAGUACAACCAGGUGAACAGCCACUUCCACUGCAUCCGGGAGGGCUGCCAGUUCUCCUUCCUCCUCAAGCACCAGAUGACCUCCCACGCCCGGAAGCACAUGCGGAGGAUGCUGGGGAAGAACUUCGAUCGCGUGCCCUCCUCCCAGGGCCCCCCGAGCUUGAUGGACACCGAGACGGACGAGUACAUGGAUUAUACUGGCUGCAGCCCGGGCGCCGUGUCCUCUGAGUCCUCCACCAUGGACCGAAGCUGCUCCAGCACCCCUGUGGGCAACGAGAGCACCGCAGCAGGCUGCCCGGCUCCUCCUCCUCCUGCCGCCGCCGCUGACGAGGCUGCCCGCGUGGCUCCACAGCCCCCACUGACCCCAUCCUUCUCUGCGGCCGUGCUGCGGGCGCCCCUCCCCUCCCUGCCAUGCCUCUUUUCUCCACCCUGUCUCUCAUACUCUCUGCUCAGUGCCUCUCUCGGAGCCACUCGGGGCCUGGCCCACCCCAUCAGCAGCCCGCCCAGCUUCCCGCCCGUCACUGCCACUCCAACUCCAGUAAAAAGUGACGCCCCCCUAGUUCAGGACGCCGCAGGGAACACCAUCUCCAUGCCGACAGCCUCCGGGGCCAAAAAGCGCUUCUGGAUCAUUGAGGACAUGUCGCCGUUCGGCAAGCGGCGCAAGACGGCCUCCUCGCGCAAGAUGCUGGACGAGGGCAUGAUGCUGGAGGGCUUCCGGCGCUUCGACCUCUACGAGGACUGCAAGGACGCGGCCUGCCAGUUCUCGCUCAAGGUCACCCACUACCACUGCACGCGCGAGAACUGCGGCUACAAGUUCUGCGGGCGCACGCACAUGUACAAGCACGCGCAGCACCACGACCGCGUGGACAACCUCGUGCUGGACGACUUCAAGCGCUUCAAGGCCUCGCUCAGCUGCCACUUCGCCGACUGCCCUUUCUCGGGCACCAGCACGCACUUCCACUGCCUGCGCUGUCGCUUCCGCUGCACCGACAGCACCAAGGUCACGGCGCACCGCAAGCACCACGGCAAGCAGGACGUGAUCAGCGCGGCGGGCUUCUGCCAGUUCAGCUCGAGCGCCGACUGCGCCGUGGCCGACUGCAAGUACAAGCUCAAGUGCUCGCACUUCCACUGCACCUACCCCGGCUGCCGCCACACGGUCGUGGGCAUGUCGCAGAUGGACUCGCACAAGCGCAAGCACGAGAAGCAGGAGCGCGGCGAGCCGCCCGCCGCCGCCUCCCCCGGCGCCGAGGGCCCCGCGCCCGGCCCGGCCGCCAGCCUGGACUGCGCGCCCCCGCCCGGCGCCGAGCCCGCCGCCGCCCUGCUCUUCCUGCCCGGCCCGGGGCGGGGUCCGGACGACGGGGGCGACCCCCGCCCGCCCGACGCCCCCGGGCCCUGCGCCGGCCCCGCCGCGCCCGGCCCCGCGGCCGGCGAGUCGUCGCAGGAGGACGACGAGGAGGAGCUGGAGCUGAACGAGGAGGAGGCGGACGACGACGAGGACGACGACGAGGACGACGAGGACGACGACGAGGACGAGGACGACGACGAGGACCUGCGCACCGACUCGGAGGAGUCGCUCUCCGAGGCGGCGGCGGCGGGGCCGGGGUCGCGGAGCCUGGAGCUGGCGGCCCUCGGCGCUCCCGCGCCCCCCGGCCCCACGCCUGCCGCCGCCGCCUCCCCGUAGCCGCGGGGCCCGUGGCGCGUGGGGGGCCGGCCGCGCCCGGCGCCCUCGGGAUCUUGCCGCUUUAUUCUAUUGUUAUUAUUAUUAUCAAUUUUGUAAGAAACGGUAUUUAUAUGUAAAGCUUCCCUUGUACAGAGCUAGGUGUUCGCCGCGCCCCGGCGUCGAGAGGCGCUCCGGGCCCGGGGCCGCCCCGCCGGUGCUUCCGGACCCCGAGUCCGUCUCAGGACAGAGGCGGGGGCCUCCCUCUGGUGCUCCGGGGCUGCCCCCGCGCCCGCCCGCCCCACCCGCGCGGCAGCUGGGCGGCUGGAAGGACAGAGGCUGCCCGGGACCCUCCUCAGCCGCAGUUCGGGGAUCUUCUUCAGGGAAAUAGAAGGUGCUCUUGUCCGGGGUGGGAACGAGGGGCAGGAGGCCCGGAGGGCGAGGAGGGCGGCGACCCCGGGCGGCUGCCCCACGCGCCCUCCCCGCGCCGGACCCCGGGCCCCCCGAGCACGCCGGUGGGAUUCCUCAUUGCUCAGGGCUGGGACGGGCGCCGGGGAUCGCCGCGACCUCCGCCCCUCACCACCGGAGGCGGGCCGGCACCUGUGGCACCUGGCAGGGCCUCCCAUUCGUGCAGCUAAGACCCUCCCUCCCGGUCCUGGGGGAGGGCGGGGCAGGAGGCGUCCGGCGGGCGACACUACAGGGACCGCGGAGGGAACCUCCUGGACUCGGCAGAGCGGGGAGCUCCGGGUCACUCUGCCCCCAGCGCGGGGCCUGGUCGGGGUGUCCGUCCCGAGGGCUGGGGCCUGGGAAGGGGUGCGUCUGCUCGCUGGUGCUGGGCUGCUGGGCCCGCAGGGCGUCUCUGCCACCCAGGUGGUGAGAACAGGAAGGAUGCGACUGUUUGGGGCUUUAAUAGUCAACAUGGAAAAAAAUACGAGAAAGUUGUACAGUAUUUUUCCUGUAAAGGUUAUUAUUCUACAUAGAACAAAAGAAGAAAAAAAAAAAAAAAGCAGGCGGGCGGCUAGAGCGCAGACCGCCUCCGGACCAGCCCUGAGGUUGGAGACCCGAGUGCAAUUGCUCACGUGGGGUUUUGUUUAGCGUUUAGAGGCCUUACCAGUUUGAGGCUGUCCGUCUUUACACUAGCACUGAUGGGAGCUGCGUGAUUCCAACUUUUAACUUGAAUUUCGUAGAGACAAGAAAAAAGGACUGUUAUUACUGAUACAAGUUUGUAGUUAAUUUAACAUUUGAGUUUUUCUCUAUUGGUUAUGCGUGUGGCUUUAUAGGGCUUUUUUCUUCCCAGUUUGUUUUAUUAAUUUCUUUGGGAUACUUCUUUGCUGGUGCAACCCACCCGGAUUUGGUUCCUUUUGCAAAUCCCAGCCCCCCACCCCUGCCACCCUCCC